CCCUCCCUCCAGGAGCGGAGCCGCUCUGUCUCCCGUCUCCUCUGCCGGCGCCGCUCUACCCCGCUUCCUGCUCUCGCCGCCUCCCGGGCGGAAGCGCGCGGAGGGGUCAUGGCGGCCGUGGACAUCCGAGAUAAUCUCUUGGGAAUUUCCUGGGUUGACAGCUCCUGGAUUCCAAUAUUAAACAAUGGGAGUGUGUUGGACUAUUUCUCAGAGCGAAGUAACCCGUUCUAUGACCGAACGUGUAACAAUGAAGUUGUCAAAAUGCAGCGGAUGACCUUGGACCAUUUGAACCAGAUGGUUGGAGUGGAGUACAUCCUCCUUCAUGCUCAAGAGCCCAUUCUCUUUAUUAUCCGAAAGCAGCAAAGGCAAUCUCCAACACAAGUUAUUCCAUUGGCUGAUUACUAUAUUAUUGCUGGAGUGAUUUAUCAGGCACCUGACUUAGGAUCUGUCAUUAACUCCAGAGUUCUCACUGCAGUACAUGGAAUUCAGUCUGCUUUUGAAGAAGCUAUGUCCUAUUGUCGCUAUCACCCAUCCAAGGGCUACUGGUGGCAUUUCAAAGAUCAAGAAGAACGUGAGAAAACUAAACCAAAAGCCAAGAAGAAAGAAGAACCUAGUUCUAUUUUCCAAAGGCAACGAGUAGAUGCUUUGCUUUUGGACCUAAGACAAAAAUUUCCACCUAGAUUUGUUCAGCAAAAGCCUGGAGAAAAACCUGUCCCAGUGGAUCAGAUAAAGAAGGAACCAGAACCAGUCCCUGAAGCUGUCAAGCCAGAAGAAAAAGAGACUGUAAAGAAUGCUCAGCAAAGUGCUGGCACUAAAGGACCACCUGAAAAACGGACCAGACUCCAGUGAAGGGAGAGGUUGCUACACAUCUGGAUUAGUCAGUACCUGGAAAACAGAAGAUUCCUGCUCUCCUUGCUUUAUAUUCAAGCUCUUCAUCUGAGGACUGACAAGUCAGGGGCUGAAGUCCCUGUAGCAGCUUUUUCUGUAGAAACCCGUUACACAAAUGUUAGGAUGUGAGCUGCCUAAAAAAAAGGUAUUUUCAGUCUUUGUUUAUUUUGAACAUUGGCUUCUGGGAAUGAUUUUUUACAUGGACAUUUUUUGCAGCCUCCUGAAAUCUUUACAAACUCUUGUAUUACUUUUGUUUUGGUUUCAUGUGUAAAAAGAAAAACUUUGAUAUAGAAAAAACUCCACAACUCUGAAUUUUUGGCAAAUAAAACUCCUGGUUGCUGGAAUGCCUUUCUUUAAUGCUUACUUUGUUGGCAGCAAUUUUUGCUUGGAUAUCAGAAUAGAUUGUGUGCUAUUUUGAGAAAGAAGAGUUCAAGUAGAGGAUUUAGGCUGCCUCCUAUAAAUUGAUAUAUUUUAAGUAUGCUUAGGAUACAGAUAAAAGAUUUGAUAACUGGAAGCUCAAAUCUAUUUAAUUAGAUGUCAUCUGUGCUCAGUCUCUAAAUGUUCUUUGGCACUCAUUUUACUUAAUGCCUAAGCUGGUC